GCGAAAACUCAGACCUGGGGGUUGUUUGACAUCUUCAUCCGACGAAGCAAGCCGUUCACGGUCGCCUCACGACAUGUUCGUCGGCCGUGGCUCACCAGGACGGACUUAGGGGGGUCGUGAACUCGACUGUAGCUGCUGUCUCGCUGAACUCGACGCCAAGCCAUGUCUUACAACAUGGAGCCUUUUCACGAUGAUUUCGAGGACCAGCUGCAGAAAGAUGCCAUGCUUGAUCAGGUCUUCAGCGAUGCUACCACAGCAUCUGGAGCAGAGAUGCCAGAGCUUGAAGAUUUGGAGGACCUGGAGCCUCGGAGAAUGAUGGCGAUGCGACCUUCAAGACAAGGGCUGAAUGGUGUGCCAGGUAUGGAGGAUGUGGUCGUAAGGCCCCUUCCUGAAUUGGCACCAACCCGAAGAAGGGCACCAUGCGUGCCAUGCCGUACCUGGGCCAUCACACCCGACCACCCUGAAGCCCUGAAGCCGCCAUGCAAGGAAGACCCGGAUCAGAAGUCCGUGGACUUCCACCCCAUGGUGACCAUGCACCUCUUUCGCCCCUAGUCGUAUGAAUCUGGUGGUCGAGGGAGCUGCUGAAUUUUGAUCCGACCAGCUGUUGCAGAAAGACGCCGGCUUUGAACGUGGGAUCAGCGAUGCUACAACAACAACCGGGGCAGAACUGCCAGAGCUUGAAGACUUGGAGGACUUUGAGCUUCGACGAACGGUGGCGAUGCGACCUUCGUGCAAGGGCUAAAAGGCGUGGCCGGUAUGGAGGACAUUCGUGUCAAGUUCCUUGCCGAUCCAGGUCCGGAUGUGAAAAGGAACCCACGCGUGCCACGCCAUACCUGGGCCAUCACACCUGAUGACCCUGAAGCCAUGAACCCUCCAUGCAAAGAAGACCUGGAUCAAAAGUCCGUGGUGGAUUUCCACCCCAUGGUGACCAUGCACGUCUUCCGCCCCUAGUGAUAUGAAUCUGCUGGGCGAUGGAGCUGCAGAA